AACAGAAGAAGUUCAGCCCCGAUAGACAGAAAUCCCUUUCGACUUCCUUCUUCCAUCAAGUUUUAGGGUUCAUCCACUGUUCAAUCUGCGACGAUUCUUACAUGUUCUCUGCCACCAAGACUGGAGGUUCGAGAGAUUCAGUGGCUCAAAUCGGUUUUAUCGGCAAAACAUGAAGGGAGCCGAUUGUAAUUUAGAUAUAAUGCCUCCAAGGAAGAAGCAGAAUAAAAGAUCCAACAAGCUGAACUUAAAGAAGAGGACUUUGAGCAAAUCUCAGAAACUGGAGCUGAAGAAACUUGAGGAAGACAGGGAGAAAGAGCUCCUCUCUGCAAAAAAAAUCUGAUUUGUUAAAGAAUGCUUACACUCUUUCUUUACUUCAAAAUUCAUUCAUUAUUUUUGUUUAUAUGAGUUUGGUAUUGAGUUUAUGCAGCAAGUAUGAAAUAUAUGAGGAUGUGUCUUCGCUUUUACAAUCUUCAAAAGUCAUCGGAAGAUCUGAUACGAAGCUGGAGAAACGCAGGAGACCAAUACUCUAAAGCUGGUGUUUUGUCUGAUGAACCAGUCAAGGAAAAUGACAACUCUGAUUUUUGUAUGGGCGAGCCUACCACACCUGAAAUCCAUAUCCCGGCUCUUCAAUCUGAUUCUGACCAACUUAUUCAUCCCAACGAGCUCGAUUCCAAAGUGAUGAUGAUCUCUGCUUAAGAGGUCCGUGAAGAAAAUGAAACGAUGUAUAUGAAUCUACAGACAAUUGUCAUGAUGAUGAAGAAGGCUUACAAAGAAUGGUUUGUCAAUUUUUUUUUAAAAAAAAUUGGCUAUGAUGUAUGUUUGGUUUGAUUGGUUUUUAAUGGGUUUUGAUAACGAGAAGUAUGAUGAGAGAGACACAAGGACCUGUGUUUGUAGUUCAUGUUUCAAGACCAGCUGAAGUUGAACAGACGUGGAAGGAUCUUCCUAUAAUUAUGAUGGAGCAGGAGAUCAUGGAGACUCAAUUAUCAUCCCACCGUAAUUAUUUCUGGAAAGACCGGUUGUGGUAAAACCACUCAAGUUCCUCAGUUCCUUAUGAAGCUGGCUUUGGCUCAAAGCAAGUCAGUUCUGGAAGUGUGGUUAUCGGUAUUACACAGCCACAUCGUGUGGCUGUCCUCGCCAGUCGCCACUGACAAGAGGGUGGCUCAUGAGCUUGGUGUUCGUCUCGGUCAAGAAGUCGGUUUCCAAGUUAAGUACGACAAAAAAAAUUGGCUAGAACUCACCUAUCAAGUUUUAUGACCGAUGGGUAAUACGCAGAAGAGCAACGUCACGAUCUGAAGAGAAUUUCCAUAGCCGCAGCUUCAGCCAUUAAUGGCGGCAGGAAGAAAUCACUUGGUUGCAGAGGAGGGAGGACAUCACACUUGGCGGUUGUGGUUGGUUUGUGUAACUGGCACCUGCACUUCCUGUCAAGUUCUCCAAUGACAUCGAGGGGAUUCAGUUUAUAAACAGCAUAAGAAAAAGUCAUGUUGAUGCUUAUAUCAAGCGCGUCACUGAACUCCCAUUUGAGGUUUUAUGAUUAUCAAGUUUUAUGAUUAUGAAGGUGAGGAAUUUACUUACCGAAUUCAUGUUUCCAAUGAAUAUCUUACUCUCAUCACUUGAAUUGGUUUGAUCUUCAUUGAUAAAAAUAAAUUUAUUUUGCCAAAAUCAAUUUAGUAGAAAAAAAUUACCUAUAAAACAGAUUCAAAAUUAAAAAGCGACGCCAUAGGCGAUUUUUGAAAACCACCACCAAACUCGUUUCUUCACCGGAGAUCCACGUUUCCGGCGGCUUCGGCCGUCGGAGUUUCCUGUUUUUUCUUUUAGUUAUUGUUACUUUAGUAAUCUAACCAAUUCAUGAUGAAUUGGACAUCAAGUUUUUCGAUUUGGAGAAAACCAAAUCGCGUUUUGUUGUCACCCCACCACUUGCGAUCACCCGGAUUUAACCAGCAGCGAAUAUCACCUAUGAUAUUGUUCGGAGAUAUAUCAUUGCUUAUGCGUUUUCGUCGAGCGUUGGGUGUGCGUCUCUUCUCCCUACGGGAGUAUCAUUCUCCGGUGUUGGAAUUCCUAGUCUUAUGGAGUUACUGUAUCGAUGGCCUUUACUUGCACAUGUUGCAAGUUGAUAUAAUCAUUCAAGGAUCUUGCCUUGUGCAGAUAAGGAAUCGACAAAAAAUCCCUCCAUGGCCAGGAGAUUUCAAGAGAUGGAUGCGUCUCAUACAUGAAGAGUUGGAAACGUGGUGCAUAAUCAUUGGGUUAUACUUUUGGUGGUUCAUGUCGUACAGACAAUUGCUACUCAUCUUGUUUAUUCUAAAAGCUUUCCUUCAAGAUUCAGUGGUGUUGAUGAUUAAGAAUAAAAUACAGAGGAGUGAAUGGGGAAGUGUACGAUUUAAAGUAUGGAGUCUGAAGAUAUCUCAACAACAAAACGGGUUGAAGUUAUUGCUUUAUUGGUCCCAAAGCAAAAGAAUAUCAACACCAUGGACAGGUAUAAUUAAACAUGUUAUCUCCUGCAGCGGGAGUGUUAGGGACGGAUUGCGAUGUAACAGAUGGAUCGUAUCCAAUGAUCUUUUUAAAGAAGAAAGGCAUUUACUCACAAGAAUUGAGAGCCAAAAGAAAGAUCUUAUAAGACCAAGAACAAAGUGGAAGAAAGCUAGCGAAUCAGCCUAUCCUACGAAUGCGUUAGGAAGCAUCGUGUUACUGCUGUCUCUGUUAAAUGUUCUUUUUAACAUGUUUGAUGUAUCUUAUGUUUCAUGUAAUAUGUUACAUUGAUUUGAAAUUAAUAAAGUUAAGAUGUUAAAAAAAAAAAAAAACAGAUUCAAAAUUAAUGUUUUAACAAAGAUUAAUCUGAGUAUUUGCAAAUUAAACACCAAACUAGAUUAAAAGUUUCAUAAAAUUUCUAGAAGGAAAUCCAUUUAACACACUUUGUCAAACCUCUAAGUGAAGCAUUGGAAAAAGAAAAAACUUUGCCAGUUGAACUUGAGGAGCUGCUGCUUGCUCUGGUUAAGGCAAAGGAGAGGAGGUUGACGAGAGCAUUCCAAAAAAAAAAAAAGCCCGUUGAGGAGAGAAUUAAUGUUGUGGUCUCUGGCUACAAGCCGACACGAACCAAACAAAUAUGGAAAAAAUGUUUUUAACGAAUUGCAAGCGAGGCACUUCCAAAUUGAUAUCGAAACUGAAUUUUAUCAAGGAAAAAGAAAGGCUUGGGCGAGUACAUGGCAAGACUGUAAUUAGCGUGACCUUGACAUAUAUUGAUAAAAGCACACGAAAUGAACUGAAAAAUAACCUUAAGUUUAGUUGAAUUAGCAAAACAUGUAAGAAGUGGAGAUGAUGCCAUACCAUAAGAAGCUGAUUGUGGGGGCUCUCAGUUGGUUUGUAGGCUAUGCUCCACCUCUUGAGUUCAAUUAAAGAAGAGGAGAAGAAUAGAGGUUGUAGGUGAUUAAUGUAUAAAGUAUAAAAUUUAAAUAUGUGCGUAACAUCUAUAACAAUAAUAUUAUUCGAUAGUCCAAUAAAUAUAUUAUAAGAAUGUAAUAUGAGAAAUGGUGUAACAUUUGUAUUUUGUUGUGUGGUAAGUAUAUGGCGUUAUAUUUGUGAGGAUCCGAUUCGGAAAAGCACGAGAGCUAAUUGAGACAAAAAAAAUUCUUCUUUUUAACUUUUUUUCUAGAGAGCUUGGUUGUGUGUUAUUAAGGUAAUUCUUAUGAAAGUGAAUAAAAUACAAGUCAUUGGUUUCUAAUUUAUUCUAAAUUCUAAAGCACAAGCAGAACUAAAAUCCUAACACUCACCUUACACACAAUACAAAAUCUCCAUAAAAUGCAAUUGUUGUCAUGACUCUACGGUUUACUAGGUUAACCAACACAAACAAAACUCAAAAUACUUAAGUUGUUAUUACCUUAACGGUCCACUUCUACUUCGGUGUAGAAAACAAUUUAUAUUAGCUAAUAUUUUUGCUAAAACAAUAAAAAUCGCACUAGCUCCCACAAAGAAAUACUACUACCAGAUUUAAUCAUAUAAAUCAGAGGUCCACAGCAAUAUCCAACCUAUAAAACUCAGGUUAUUUCCACUAAUGCACUCACUCAGCCAAAAUCACACUCUAUUAUAUACAUCAGACAACCACACUUGAUUAAAUAAUAAAGCCCAAAUACAAUAACUCAAAAAUAAUUCAAAGAACAUGAUUUUCAUUUUCAAUCGUCCAUUCAAACUUGAAACAAACGAACUAAGUACAACAUCAGUUGUAAACCAACCCCUUUCCAUUAAAUUUGCAUAUUAACAAUCAUAUAUUUGUAAUGAAAAAUAAAAAUAUAACACAUCCCGCCCUUAGGACGGGCCGAUCCUAGUUUUAUUAUAAAGUAAAACAUUUAGGGUUUGAGAUUUGUGGUAUAGGUUUCGAAGACCUACAAUAAAGUCUAUUUAGCUGGUGACGUCUUUUUCAGUCUAUAUUUUUCAACCUUUUUUUUACAAAAAAAAUCAUUAUAUUUAAACUAAUUAGUUGAGUUCCUUAAGAGUAAAAAAGUGAAAUCAUAUACUAUAACUAUUAAAAAAUAAAGAAAUAAAUUUAGUAAAUCAUAUAUUAAAAUUAUUAAAAUAAUAAAGAAUAAACAACAAUAAUGAAAUUAUUAUAGUAGACUUCCAAAAAGGUCUACUAUGUUACAGUAAAAUCUACUCCAAAAUUUUAAUUUUAGUAGACUUCAAAAGAAGCAUACGGUGUCGUAAAUUUUAACCUAGUUACAUUUUUGUCUCCCUAUAUAAAUAAAAUUUAUACACUCUCUCUAUAAAGUGGAUGCACAAGUUUUUUAAACUCUCUCACUUCUCUAUAAAAUUAUCUCCCUUCUCUCUAAAAUUCUCUUCAUUCUCUCUAAAACUCUC